UCCAUCUGGACUGUCAACAGAUAGGGAAUAACACCACCGAGAGUCCGCCAUGGUUUCCCACUCCCACAGGCUCGCCUUUCUCUGCUUUCUGCUCAGCUUUCAGCGUCCUCUGACCGCAGUCUUCAUAAACCAGGAGGAGGCCAACAGUGUCUUACACAGGCAAAGGCGAGCCAACUCACUCUUUGAAGAACUGCGAUCGGGGUCCCUGGAGAGAGAGUGUAAGGAGGAACUGUGCUCCUUCGAGGAAGCCAGGGAGAUCUUCAAGAGCACUGAGAGGACCAUGCAGUUCUGGGUUGCUUAUAACGAUGGAAACCAGUGUGCCUCCAACCCGUGCCAAAACGGGGGCUCCUGUGUGGACCAGCUCCAGUCUUACAUUUGCUUCUGCCUUGAUGAUUUUGAGGGUCGGAACUGUGAGACAAACAAAAACAGCCAGCUGAUCUGUCUGAAUGAAAACGGGGGCUGUGAACAGUACUGCAGUGACAACCCAGAGACCCAGCGCUCCUGCCGAUGUCACGAUGGCUACGCGCUCAUGGCCGACGGGGUGUCCUGUGCACCCACAGUUGAAUAUCCGUGUGGAAAAAUACCUGUUCUAGAAAAAAGAGAUGGCAGCAGCCCCCAAGGCCGAAUUGUGGGCGGCAGGUUGUGUCCCAAAGGGGAGUGUCCAUGGCAGGCUGUGAUAAAGGUGCGUGGGAUACUGCUGUGUGGGGGAGCCCUGCUUGAUGCCUCCUGGGUGGUCUCUGCGGCCCACUGUUUUGACAGAUUGAUCAGACUAAAGCCCUGGGAGGAUGUGACAGUGGUGUUGGGUGAGCAUGACUUCCGUGAAGAGGAUGGUGAUGAGCAAGAACGGCAAAUUGCUCAGAUCACCGUUCCUGACAAGUACGUUCCCGGCAAGACCGACCACGACAUCGCGCUGCUGCGCCUGAGGAUGCCGGCGAACUUCACCGACUAUGUAGUGCCCCUCUGUUUGCCCGACAAGAAAUUCUCGGAGCAGACUCUGGCCUACAUCCGCUUCUCCUCCGUGAGCGGCUGGGGCCAGCUUCUCGACAGGGGCGCCACGGCCCUUGAGCUCAUGACCGUAGAUGUGCCCAGGCUGAUGACCCAGGACUGUAAGGAGCAGACACAAAGGACAGCCCACUCCCCAGUGCUGACAGAGAACAUGUUCUGCGCCGGCUACCUGGAUGGGACCAAAGACGCCUGCAAGGGUGACAGCGGAGGCCCGCACGUCACCAAGUACCGAAACACGCGGUACCUGACAGGAAUUGUCAGCUGGGGCCAGGGCUGUGCAGCCAUAGGCCACGUUGGGGUGUACACCAGGGUCUCCCGGUACAUCGAGUGGCUGAACAGGCUCAUGGACUCGAAACCAAGCCCGGGCCGUUUCCUAUCCGCCCGUUUUCCCUAG